AUGUGCUGGGAGUACUACUGGGGGAUUCACUUGGCGAUGCACUUGGUGCUGAACUGGGUGAAGUACUGGGACUGCUGCUUGGACUGGCACUUGGCGACUCACUUGGGGAGGCACUGGGGACUCACUGGGGCUGAGGGGCUGGAUGAAGGGCUUGUGCUGGGCGCCUCACUGGGUGCUUCACUUGGAGCCUCACUGGGUGCUUCACUGGGAGAUUUGCUCGGUGCUGAACUGGGUGACUCGCUGGGUGAAGAACUGGGAGACUCACUGGGGCUGGCUGUGGCGAAGACUUGGGUUGCACUAGGGCUGGCACUGGGUGAAGUACUUGGAGUUGUGCUGGGGCUUUCACUAGGCGAAGUACUAGGGGUAGAACUGGGGCUCUCACUAGGUGUAGUACUUGGGCUUGAACUUGGUGACUCGCUUGGGCUGGAGCUAGGUGAUUCACUUGGACUUGAACUUGGUGUUGCGCUUGGGCUAGAGCUGGGCGUUGCACUUGGGCUUGAACUGGGUGAUUCACUGGGGCUCGAGCUGGGAAGUGAACUCGGCAAAGAGCUGGGGCUUGAACUAGGAGAAACACUGGGACUGGCACUAGGGGACGUGCUUGGGCUUGAGCUUGGUGAUGCACUGGGGCUCGAACUAGGAGACUCACUGGGACUCGAACUGGGAGACUCACUAGGACUUGAGCUGGGAGAUUCACUAGGGGAAGCAGAAGGGCUAGUACUUGGGGUCGCACUUGGUGACUCGGACGGGCUAGAACUGGGUGAUGCACUUGGAGAGGAGCUGGGACUCUCACUAGGACUUGAGCUUGGGCUUGAACUAGGAGAAGAACUGGGGCUCUCACUUGGGGUUGUACUGGGACUAGCUGAUGGACUCUCACUUGGAGUCUCACUUGGACUCACACUUGGUGAAGUACUGGGUGUGGCACUGGGACUUUCACUUGGAGAAGAACUGGGGCUCUCACUUGGUGAAGAACUUGGGGAUUCACUGGGAGAUGUGCUGGGAGUACUGCUGGGGGAUUCACUUGGCGAUGCACUUGGUGCUGAACUGGGUGAAGUACUAGGACUGCUGCUUGGACUGGCACUUGGCGACUCACUAGGGGAGGCACUGGGGGACUUGCUAGGGCUGGUACUGGGUGUUGAGCUGGGUGAUUCACUUGGUGCUUGACUGUCGGUUGGUGAUUCACUGGGAACUCCACUGGGCUGUGGACUGGCUGUGGGUUCCUCGCUGGGCGAUGUACUGGGGACAUCGGAUGGGCUGAUAGAGGGGCUGGAUGAAGGGCUUGUGCUGGGCGCCUCACUGGGUGCUUCACUUGGAGCCUCACUGGGUGCUUCACUAGGCGCUUCACUUGGUGCCUCACUAGGAGA